AUGUCUUUGAACAUUCUGUCUCCAGCAGAAGUCAGGGUGAUCUCUUUCUUGGACACCUCCAAAUCCAACACCCACCUUCUCAAGCUUCAAGGUGGGUUUUCUUUUAAGAGAAAGGAUAGUAAGGCACCAUUCGGAAAAGGGAUCCAUUGUUCGGCGGCGGCGCCACCACCUUCGGCUUGGCCGGGAACGGCCCUUGUUCAGCCGGAGACCAAGAAUUGGAACGGUCCUAAACCCAUCUCAAUCAUUGGAUCCACUGGUUCCAUUGGGACUCAGACACUCGACAUUGUUGCCGAACACCCAGAUAAAUUCAGAGUUGUAGCACUUGCUGCUGGCUCAAACGUCACACUUCUUGCCGAUCAGAUUAAGGCAUUUAAACCACAGUUAGUUUCUAUCAAGAACGAAUCGUUGGUUGGUGAACUCAAAGAAGCUUUGGCUGGUUCUGAUUACAUGCCUGAAAUCAUUCCUGGUAAUGAAGGUGUCAUUGAGGUUGCCCGCCACCCAGAUUGUGUUACUGUGGUCACAGGAAUUGUUGGUUGUGCUGGUUUGAAGCCCACAGUUGCUGCUAUUGAAGCAGGGAAAAACAUAGCGUUGGCAAAUAAAGAAACCUUGAUCGCCGGCGGUCCUUUUGUUCUUCCUCUUGCACACAAGCACAAUGUAAAGAUUCUUCCUGCUGAUUCAGAACAUUCUGCUAUAUUUCAGUGUAUACAAGGCUUUCCUGAAGGUGCUCUAAGGCGUAUAAUCUUGACUGCAUCCGGUGGUGCUUUCAGGGACUGGCCUGUUGAAAAACUGAAAGAUGUUAAAGUAGCGGAUGCCUUGAAACAUCCAAACUGGAGCAUGGGGAAGAAGAUCACCGUGGACUCGGCCACACUCUUCAAUAAGGGUCUAGAGGUUAUUGAAGCUCAUUAUCUUUACGGAUCUGAUUAUGACAACAUUGAUAUCGUUAUCCAUCCUCAAUCUAUCAUACAUUCUAUGGUCGAGACACAGGACUCGUCUGUCCUGGCACAAUUAGGAUGGCCCGACAUGCGUUUGCCAAUUCUGUAUACGUUAUCGUGGCCCGAUAGAGUACACUGCUCCGAGAUUACAUGGCCCCGUCUUGAUCUUUGCAAGUUGGGAUCACUGACAUUCAAGGCUCCAGACAACGUGAAAUACCCAUCAAUGGAUUUGGCUUAUUCCGCUGGGCGAGCUGGUGGUACGAUGACCGGAGUUCUUAGUGCCGCUAACGAGAAAGCCGUUGAAAUGUUCAUUGAUGAAAAGAUUAGCUAUUUGGACAUAUUCAAGGUGGUGGAGUUGACUUGCGAGAAGCAUCAAUCAGAGUUGGUGACGGCACCUUCGCUUGAGGAAAUCAUACAUUACGACUCGUGGGCUCGAGAUUAUGCCGCCAACGUCAAGCCAUCGUCGUCGGGUUUAACUCCGGCACUUGUAUGAGCCAAAGAUGAUGGGUUGGAAAGAUGUUGAUUCGAACUGGAAUUCUGCAACUGUAUGAAUAAAUCCAUUUUGUUAUGUAUGGAUCCGAGAGUUGUUGAAAUGGAAAUUCAAAAAAUUAGUUCAUAAAUUAUCGGGUGAUGAUAUAAAUCAUCUUAUUUGAUUCA